AUGUCAUUUGCAGGUAUCCCAUUGUUUCACUACCUCUUGAAAAAUCCAUUCUUGGAAAGAGUGAAAGUUGGCAGUUCAAAAGUGCAAGGAUGCGGAGUUCAAGGAUGCGGAGUUCAAGGAUGCGGAGUUCAAGGAUGCGGAGUUCAAGGAUGCGGAGUUCAAGGAUGCGGAGUUCAAGGAUGCGGAGUUCAAGGAUGCGGAGUUCAAGGAUGCGGAGUUCAAGGAUGCGGAGUUCAAGGAUGCGGAGUUCAAGGAUGCGGAGUUCAAGGAUGCGGAGUUCAAGGAUGCGGAGUUCAAGGAUGCGGAGUUCAAGGAUGCGGAGUUCAAGGAUGCGGAGUUCAAGGAUGCGGAGUUCAAGGAUGCGGAGUUCAAGGAUGCGGAGUUCAAGGAUGCGGAGUUCAAGGAUGCGGAGUUCAAGGAUGCGGAGUUCAAGGAUGCGGAGUUCAAGGAUGCGGAGUUCAAGGAUGCGGAGUUCAAGGAUGCGGAGUUCAAGGAUGCGGAGUUCAAGGAUGCGGAGUUCAAGGAUGCGGAGUUCAAGGAUGCGGAGUUCAAGGAUGCGGAGUUCAAGGAUGCGGAGUUCAAGGAUGCGGAGUUCAAGGAUGCGGAGUUCAAGGAUGCGGAGUUCAAGGAUGCGGAGUUCAAGGAUGCGGAGUUCAAGGAUGCGGAGUUCAAGGAUGCGGAGUUCAAGGAUGCGGAGUUCAAGGAUGCGGAGUUCAAGGAUGCGGAGUUCAAGGAUGCGGAGUUCAAGGAUGCGGAGUUCAAGGAUGCGGAGUUCAAGGAUGCGGAGUUCAAGGAUGCGGAGUUCAAGGAUGCGGAGUUCAAGGAUGCGGAGUUCAAGGAUGCGGAGUUCAAGGAUGCGGAGUUCAAGGAUGCGGAGUUCAAGGAUGCGGAGUUCAAGGAUGCGGAGUUCAAGGAUGCGGAGUUCAAGGAUGCGGAGUUCAAGGAUGCGGAGUUCAAGGAUGCGGAGUUCAAGGAUGCGGAGUUCAAGGAUGCGGAGUUCAAGGAUGCGGAGUUCAAGGAUGCGGAGUUCAAGGAUGCGGAGUUCAAGGAUGCGGAGUUCAAGGAUGCGGAGUUCAAGGAUGCGGAGUUCAAGGAUGCGGAGUUCAAGGAUGCGGAGUUCAAGGAUGCGGAGUUCAAGGAUGCGGAGUUCAAGGAUGCGGAGUUCAAGGAUGCGGAGUUCAAGGAUGCNCAGUUGUAAGCGAAUUAUAA